UGUAGUCUAUAGGAUCCUGAUUAUAAAUACAACACAAUCUUGUGUUCAAAAUCUUAACUAAAACUGGAAGAAAUCACUUUAAUAGGCCACCAAGAUGAGGAAUAAAAGCUACCCUUCCAAGCCAGUUUUCCCUUUCAUUUUCUUGUUUAUUUUGACGAUUUUGUUCGUAGAAAUAGCGAUGGCAAAAAACACUAAAGUCUCAGUGGACGUAGGCGUGGUUCUGGACCUUGAUAAUAAGAUUGGCAAGAUUGGGUUGAGCUGCAUCAACUUGUCCCUCUCGGAUUUUUAUGCAAAACAUUCUCACUACAAAACCAGGCUAGUCCUCCAUGCCAGGGACUCCAAGAAUGACGUUGUUGGUGCAGCUGCAGCAGCUUUGGACUUGCUAAAAAACGUAGAAGUAAAAGCAAUCAUAGGGCCAGCAACAUCUAUGCAAGCCAAUUUUGUAAUUGAACUUGGAGAAAAAGUUCGUGUGCCCAUUAUAACAUUUUCUGCAUCAAGUCCUUCUCUUGCUUCCACUCGCAGUCCAUACUUCUUUCGAGCAACACGAAGUGACUCUUCUCAAAUGAAUGCCAUAAGUGCAAUAGUUAAAGCUUUUGGAUGGAGAGAAGCUGUGCCUGUCUAUAUUGACAACGAAUAUGGAGUGGGAAUCAUACCUUAUUUAACCGAUUCUUUGCAAGCUGUUGACACCCAAGUCCCCUACCGAAGUGCCAUUUCUCCAUUUGCGACCGAUGAUCAAAUUCUUAAAGAGCUUCUCAAGUUGAAGGCAAUGCAAACUAGAGUUUUCAUUGUGCAUAUGUCACUCCGUCUUGGAUCAAUGCUUUUUACCAUGGCAAAAAAGGUGGGAAUGAUGGGUAAAGGCUAUGUUUGGAUCAUGACAGAUGGGGUGGCCGAUUUCUUGAAUUCCAUGGAUUAUUCUGUUAUUGAAUCAAUGCAAGGAGUAUUGGGGGUUAAACCUUAUGUUCCAAGAUCAAAAAGUGUUGAAAAUUUUAGGGUUCAGUGGAAAAGGAAAUUUCAUCAUGAUCAUCCUGACUUAGUUGAUGCUGAGUUGAACAUUUAUGGACUUUGGGCUUAUGAUGCUACAAUUGCAUUAGCCAUGGCAAUUGAGAGAGUAGCUGGAACCAUGAACUUCGGCUUCCGAAAGGGAAAUAUUUCUAGCAACUCAACUGAUCUUGAAACCCUUGGGGUCUCUCAGAUUGGUCCAAGCCUUCGUCAAGCAUUAUCAAACACCAGGUUCAAAGGCCUUACAGGAGACUUUCUCUUCAUUAAUGGGCAGUUAAAUUCAUCAACUUUCCAGAUAGUUAAUGUGGAUGGUAAUGGUGAUGGAGCAAGAAGGGUGGGGUUUUGGGUAACUGGAAAAGGACUUGUCAAAAGAUUGAAGUCAGCAACAGCAAAUACAAGUAAGAAUUCUUCUUCUAACAACAAUAGUACUACUCUUUCAACUAUUAUAUGGCCAGGAGAUACAGCUCCAGUUCCCAAGGGUUGGGAGAUUCCAACAAAUGGUAAGAAAUUGAGAAUAGGAGUACCAGUGAAGGAAGGUUUCACACAAUUUGUGAAUGUGACAAGAUAUCCAGGUACAAAUGCCUCAAAAGUUGAAGGAUACUGCAUAGAUCUUUUUGAUGCUGUAGUUGCAGAAUUACCAUAUGCUGUGACUUAUGAGUACGUCCCCUUUGCCAAUCCAGACGGCAAUAGUGCUGGAACGUACAAUGAGUUGAUCCAUCAUGUCUCCUUGAGGACCUUUGAUGCUGCAGUUGGAGAUAUAUCAAUUGUGGCCAACAGGUCCUUGGAGGUCGACUUUACUCUGCCUUAUAUGGAAUCUGGCCGUGUAUCAAUGAUAGUGCCAAUUAUAGAUGACGAGAGCAUGAAAGCUUGGGUUUUCUUAAAGCCUCUGACAUGGGAUCUUUGGGUGACAAGCUUGGUUUUCUUUAUUUUCAUUGGAUUUGUAGUUUGGGUUCUUGAACACAGAAUAAAUGAGGAUUUUCGAGGGCCUCCUUCUCACCAAGCUAGCACUGGCUUCUGGUUUUCCUUCUCAACCAUGGUUUUUGCUCAUAGGGAAAAGGUGGUGAGCAAUUUAGGUAGAAUAGUUGUGAUCAUUUGGUGUUUCGUUGGACUCAUUCUUACUCAAAGUUACACUGCCAGUUUAUCAAGUUUUUUAACUCUUCAGCAAUUCCAGCCCACUUUUACCACCAUAGAUGAGCUCAUUAAAAAGGGGGAUUUUGUGGGCUACCAAAAUGGAUCUUUUGUUAAGGAAACCUUGAAAAGCUUGGGUUUUGAUGAAUCCAAGCUGGUGCCUUACAAAUCUGCUGAAGAUUGUGAUCAACUCCUUUCUAAAGGUAGCAAAAAUGGAGGUGUAGCUGCUGCUUUUGAAGGACCCACUUCUAUACAUCUCAUUCUUGCACAGAAUUGCUCCAAGUAUACACUUGUUGAACCUGCAUCAAUAUUGGAAGCCCCUCGUUGGAAGAACAUUUCAAAUAUUCAAGAAUUUAACACUGAUGGUCUUGGCUUUGCCUUCCCCAAAGGUUCUCCUCUAGUACCCGAUGUUUCUAGGGCAAUUUUGAAGGUAACAGAAGGAGACAAAAUCAAGGAAAUAUGGGGGAAAUGGUUUGGUGAAAUGGGGACCUGUCCAGAUCGUAGCAACUCAGUUCCUUCAAAUAGGCUUGGUCUCAAUAGUUUCUGGGGCCUAUUCUUGAUUGCUGGAAUAACUUCAUGUUUGGCUCUAAUAAUAUACUUUGGAAUGUUUAUAUACCAAAACAGGGGAGUCUUGAAGCCUUUUGAUACCAGAGUUUCAAUGCGGAGUAGAAUUCUUGAUUUGCUCAAAAUCUUCAACCAAAAGGACUUCAAGUCCCACGCUUUCAAGAAAAGCAUAGUAGAUGAUGGAAGUGGCAUUACUGUUCCUGUCAUGGGGGAACCAAGCCCAUCCUCUAAUUCAAUAAACACAGAUUUUCAUGGAGAGCAAGGAACACCUUCUGCAGAAGAUGUUUAUCAUAAUCAAAAUGAACUAACCUUUUGUCGAGAGGAAGCACUAUUCAUUGAGCAUAGUGAGACAAGUCAAGGAACAUUCACGGCAAUUGAACUUGCAUGUGAAAAUUAUUAAUAAUAGGACACUAGUUCGAUCUUUACUCAUAAUUUUACUGUUGAAAUAUGUCCAACACUAUCGGAUGUAUAACUUACACACUCAACUAAUGAAAAUUUGUGUUAUUUGUGGCUUA